CCAGGGCUGACAGUCCCGGUUCUCCCGCAGGCCACGAGCUCGAGCAGAGCUUCAAAGUUAGAGCCGCCGACCUCCCUGCUGCCCCCAUUCCCCUCCACCCGACCCCUCUGAAAUUCACCAACCUUUGCAGGCACUGCUUCAGGAUUUUAAACAGAGAGGUAAAGCCACCAGCAAAAUCGCCCUGGCUUUCUGUAUAAUAAUCCUCCCCUCUGGGUACCCUGGCUCACUGAAGACUCUGCAGAUACACCCCUUUUAAGGGAGGGAAGAAAGGGGAACGAAGAGGGAAAGGGGAAACGAGAGGGUAAGAAAGGAGCAAAAGAAAAGGAGAAGGAGAGGAUGCCAGAACCGUCCGUGCCUCUGCCAAGAGAGUCCCAAUUAGAUGCGAAGGCUUCAGCCCAGCCAAGGUGAAGGAAAGUUGCUGCCUAGCUGGGAAGUGGGUUUGCCCCUAAGGAGGACGGGCACUCCGCAGAGAACUGCUCCCCUCCCCUCCUUGGAAGACCACCGCACCCCCUCCCCUUUUCCCAACCUCCUCCCUCGCUUCUCCUCCCACCUUCCCUUUUCCCACUCCCCACUGACUCGGAAGCCUGGAUGCUCUGCCACCGGGCCGUGGUCCAGCACGCAGCCUGGAGGGGGCGGGGGCAGGGGGCACUGUGACAGGAAGCGGCGCGCACAAGUUGGCCAUUUCGGGGGCAAAAUAAGUUCUCCCUUGGAUUGGGAAAGGACAAAGCCAGCAAGCUACCUCUUUUGUGUCGAAUGAGGAAGACCAACCAUGAGCCAGAGCCCGGGUACAGGCUCGGCCGCCACAGCUGCCACCGCGGUCCGCUCCAGUCCCUGCCAGGAGUUGGUGAGAGCUACAGCAGGAAGACAAAGCAAGAAAUAAACAAUUUGACUGAGGAAGGAAGAUAGGAAAAAACCUUGGCCUUUUCUGGUACUGACCACGAGACCGAAUUUGGUGACAGCCUCUGUUAGUCUGCUCCUCCUUUACACGAAGGACAGACCAAAGAUCCAGUUUGGCAAUGAGAGAGGAGGACUAGUGGGCAGCAUUGGCGCCAUCCACUGACAUCUCCCAGAGGUACAGACACAGGACUCAUGAAGAUGUUGACAAGACUCCAAGUUCUUACAUUAGCUUUGUUUUCAAAGGGAUUUUUACUUUGUUUAGGGGACCAUAACUUUCUGAGGAGGGAGAUUAAAAUAGAAGGUGACCUCGUUUUAGGGGGCCUAUUUCCUAUCAAUGAAAAAGGCACUGGAACUGAAGAAUGUGGGCGAAUCAACGAAGAUCGAGGGAUCCAACGCCUGGAAGCCAUGUUGUUUGCUAUUGAUGAAAUUAACAAAGACAAUUACCUGCUCCCAGGAGUGAAGCUGGGUGUUCACAUUUUGGAUACCUGCUCAAGAGAUACCUACGCAUUAGAGCAAUCACUGGAAUUUGUCAGGGCAUCUUUGACUAAAGUGGAUGAAGCCGAGUAUAUGUGUCCUGAUGGAUCCUAUGCCAUUCAAGAAAAUAUCCCACUGGUCAUUGCAGGGGUCAUUGGCGGCUCCUACAGCAGUGUUUCCAUACAGGUGGCAAACCUGCUGAGGCUCUUCCAGAUCCCGCAGAUAAGUUACGCAUCCACCAGCGCCAAACUCAGCGACAAAUCGCGCUACGAUUACUUUGCCAGGACCGUGCCCCCCGAUUUCUACCAGGCCAAAGCCAUGGCCGAGAUCUUGCGUUUCUUCAACUGGACCUACGUGUCCACCGUGGCCUCGGAGGGCGACUAUGGAGAGACCGGGAUCGAGGCCUUCGAGCAGGAAGCCCGCCUGCGCAACAUCUGCAUCGCCACUGCGGAGAAGGUGGGCCGCUCCAACAUCCGCAAAUCCUACGACAGCGUGAUCCGCGAGCUGCUGCAGAAGCCCAACGCGCGCGUCGUGGUCCUCUUCAUGCGCAGCGACGACUCCCGGGAGCUCAUCGCCGCUGCCAGCCGCGCCAACGCCUCUUUCACCUGGGUGGCCAGCGACGGCUGGGGUGCGCAAGAAAGCAUCAUCAAGGGCAGCGAGCAUGUGGCCUAUGGCGCCAUCACCCUGGAGCUGGCCUCGCAGCCCAUCCGCCCGUUUGAUCGCUACUUCCAGAGCCUCAACCCCUACAACAACCACCGCAACCCCUGGUUCCGGGACUUCUGGGAGCAGAAGUUCCAGUGCAGCCUCCAGAACAAGCACAACCACCGGCGCCCUUGCGACAAGCACCUGGCCAUCGACAGCAGCAACUACGAGCAGGAAUCCAAGAUUAUGUUCGUGGUGAAUGCGGUGUAUGCCAUGGCCCAUGCCCUGCACAGAAUGCAGCGCACGCUCUGCCCCAACACCACCAAGCUCUGCGACGCCAUGAAGAUCCUGGACGGGAAGAAGCUAUACAAGGAUUACUUGCUGAAAAUCAACUUCACAGCUCCAUUCAUCACAAAUAAAGGUGUAGAUAGCAUUGUCAAGUUUGACACUUUUGGAGAUGGCAUGGGACGAUACAACGUGUUCAACUUCCAGUAUGUGGGUGGCAAGUACUCCUACCUGAAGGUUGGUCAUUGGUCAGAAACCUUAUCACUAGAUGUUGACUCUAUCCACUGGUCCCGGAAUUCAAUGCCCACUUCCCAGUGCAGUGACCCUUGUGCACCCAAUGAAAUGAAGAAUAUGCAACCAGGGGAUGUCUGCUGCUGGAUCUGCAUCCCCUGCGAGCCCUACGAAUACCUGGCUGAUGAGUUCACCUGUAUGGAUUGCGGCCUUGGGCAGUGGCCCACUGCAGACCUAUCUGGCUGCUUUGACCUUCCUGAGGACUACAUCAAGUGGGAAGAUGCCUGGGCCAUUGGUCCGGUCACCAUUGCCUGCCUGGGUUUUAUGUGCACAUGCAUGGUUGUGACUGUUUUUAUCAAGCACAACAACACACCGUUGGUCAAAGCAUCAGGCCGGGAGCUCUGCUACAUCCUGUUGUUUGGGGUUGGCCUGUCCUAUUCCAUGACGUUCUUCUUCAUUUCCAAGCCGUCACCCGUCAUCUGCGCAUUGCGCCGACUGGGGCUGGGGACCUCCUUCGCUGUCUGUUACUCAGCGCUGCUGACCAAGACAAACUGCAUUGCCCGCAUCUUCGAUGGGGUAAAGAAUGGCGCUCAGAGGCCAAAAUUUAUCAGCCCGAGUUCUCAGGUUUUCAUCUGCCUGGGUCUGAUACUGGUGCAGAUCGCGGUCGUGUCUGUGUGGCUCAUCCUGGAGGCUCCAGGCACCAGGCGGCACACCCUUCCAGAGAAGCGAGAAACAGUUAUCCUAAAAUGCAACGUCAAAGAUUCCAGCAUGUUGAUCUCACUUACCUACGACGUAGUCCUGGUCAUCUUAUGCACUGUGUAUGCCUUCAAAACGCGGAAGUGCCCAGAAAAUUUCAACGAGGCCAAGUUCAUUGGUUUUACCAUGUACACCACGUGCAUCAUCUGGUUGGCCUUCCUCCCUAUAUUUUAUGUGACGUCAAGUGACUACAGAGUGCAGACAACGACCAUGUGCAUCUCUGUCAGCCUGAGUGGCUUCGUGGUCCUGGGCUGUUUGUUUGCGCCUAAGGUGCACAUCAUCCUGUUUCAACCCCAGAAGAAUGUGGUCACGCACAGGCUGCACUUGAACAGGUUCAGUGUCAGUGGGACUGGGACCACGUAUUCUCACUCCUCUGCCAGCACAUACGUGCCGACGGUGUGCAACGGCCGGGAAGUCCUCGACUCCACCACCUCAUCUCUGUGAUUGUGAAUUGCAGUUCAGUUGUCGUGUUUUUAGGAUAUUAGAUGAAAGUGCUCAUGUGCAGCUCCAGAAUGUGGAAACAGCAAACGAAUACCCCUAGUACCUUUUUUUAGAAACAGUACAAUAAAUUAUUUUUAAGGACUGUACAGUAUAUAGUGAUGUGCUAGAACUUUUUAGACUGAUUUUAGUGAUUAUUAAUGAUUCCUUAGAACCUGGAAAUAACCCAUUGUUUACAGAGCUGAGCACUGGUGACAGGGUCUGACAGGGUCAGUCUAUUAGAAAAUAUGGUGGCAAUAUUAGAUAACUUUUUUUCCUAUGAAGUUUUUUGUAGGCCCUUGUUGUAACUAACUUAGGAUGAGUUUCUAUGUUGUAUAUUAAAGUUACAUUAUGUGUAACAGAUUGUUUUUCUCAGCACAAAAUCAAAAGCAUCUGUAUUAAUGUA